AUGACAUGGUUGAAAAUGGGAAGAAAAGUUAUAAGCAUUGAAAAGGGUAAGGGAACAGAGCGUAGUGUUAGCGUUGAGAAGAGUGGAAGUGGGGUUUCAACGGAUACAAAUGGGAAAGACAGACACAAACGAAAUUUCUCUUACUCUCACCAGAAAUGGAUGCAAUCCAAUAAAGCGCUGAAAAUACCCUCUCAAGUGAACACUGUUCGACGGUGGGGUCUGUUGGGUAAUUAG